UGUGUUAUUUAAUGGCUCGCAAAUCUUUUCGCGCAUGCGCAGUGUUACACUGUUUUGGCCCGAAUCUUUAUUGCGAAGCGAAAUGUUGUCCUUCGAAGGAGUUUAAAUAAAGAGCCGGAUCUUUUGAAUUUAAAGGUCCAAGAUGGAGCUCCCAAACUACAGUCGACAGCUCAUGCAGCAACUGCAUGCUUUACGAAAGGAGAAGCAGUUCUGCGACUGCUCUAUCCUGGUGGGCGAGACCCCCCACCCCGCUCACAAGCUAGUGCUGGCGGCCUCCAGUAUGUUAUUUAAGUCUGUUCUGGAAGGUUCUGACAGCAUCUCUAUCGACACAGAUUUACUGUCCUCUCAAGAGUUUUCCUCUCUUCUGGACAUGGUGUACACUGGUAAACUGCCUCCCGGCAAGCACAACUUCACCCGACUCAUAGCCGCCGCUGACAGCCUGCAGAUGUUUGAUGUGGCUGUUGGUUGUAAGAACAUUCUCACCGACCUCAUGAAGCAGACUUCGAUGGAAACUAAGACAGAGUCGAUGGACUCUCAAGUAAUGAAACUUGACUGUCUUAAGGAGCAAUCUGAAUCAGAACAGCUUAAAAGGGACAAGAAGAGUUUGCAAGAGGACAAUGCAGUUGAGCUGAUCUCUCAAAAUCAAGCUGGUGUCACAAAGAUCCUACAGUGUGGACAGUCAUAUGUUAAGGUUCUUGAGAUCUGGGAUACAAUCUCCACAGAGGAGCACAAGGUCAUACUGGAGAGCUUCAGAGGAGAUCCAUCAGCAGAUGAGGUUUACCAGCGGUUGCUAAAUCAUGUGAAAGUUGAGAGAGUUCUGUCAGCUCAAACAGUCCUUACUUUGUUUGAACAGCUAAAAUGUUUAAACCCUGAACCAGGAUCAGUUCUGGAGGAGCAGGGAAAUCAGAGCGGCCCCAAGCCAAAAGAUCCUGCAGCAGAUGUUCGGGAGCCUGCUGGGCUUUUAGAGCGUGUCUCAGAACUAACUCGUCACCUCUCCAGUGUCAACAACCUCUCAGAGCUUUUGACCAAUGCAGUGAACAGAUGUUCCAGGGAUAUGGAAAAAGAGGCAGUGCUGCAGUGCUGUUCUGCUCCAUCAUCAGUGGAGGUGGCGGAAAGGUUGUUAUGUAAACUCAGAGAGAAGACCAUGAGUGAAGAAACGUUUCUGAUGCUGCUCAAUGAGGUGAAGGAAAGCUCCUCAGAUCUGCUUCAGCUUCUGGAGGCCCUGAAAGACGCAACGGGUAACACAGCUGAAGACAGCAGUGGGAUGGAUUUUUUGAGAAUAUAUCAGAACAGACUCAUCGAGCUGAAUCUGGACCUCCAGCUCAUCGAACAGAGCCUUAAAUUGGGUCCUGACAUGCCUGCAAACGAGAGAGAGUGUAUUGAAGCCUUGCUCGGAGGAAAAGGAGAUGGCGAAGUGGUUGAAAGGCUGAUAUCUGCAGCAUUGGACGGGUCACUGCAGGCGGUGACUGUUUGGAGGCUGUUCCUGUGGACAGAGACACACAGUCCAGAGCUGGGGCUCCUCAUGCAGGAGGUCAAGGAGAAACGAGACGCACGAAAACUUCUCCAAACCAUUAAAGACAUAGAUGUGCUCUUCCAGCACAAAUCACUCAUUCUGGAAACAAUCAGCGACAUUACCCUGCUCGAACAGGGUGUGGACGCAGCGGAUCAUGGAACAGAGCGAUUCGCUGAGUUUCUCCAGAGCUGUCGGAGAGCCGAUGGUGAGCUGGAGUCAGUACAGCAGACUGUCGAGAGAGUCUUGAGUCGUGACUCAGAGUUUGCCAGUUCACUGUGCCAGCUGCUGUCUGCCAACCAGCAGAACUUCCCUCAGCUGACCACUCUCAUGAAGCACCUCAAACAUACUGGGCCUCUGUCAGAUUCUGACUGUCCUGUCAAAUCUGAGGUUGAGCAAGAAGUAUCAACUGCAGACUCUGAGGAUGAUGAUGAUGGGGAAGACUCCAAAACAAAAGGCAGAAGGAAGGCUGUGCCUGUGUCUUACCGCUGCGAGUGGUGCAAUAAGACGUUUGACUUUAAGUGUCGUCUGAUAAAGCAUAAGAAAGGCUGUGCCCUCACACCGGGGAAGGAGCAGCGCUGCUCAGAGUGUUCAAUGCCGUUUCCAACGCUCAAGAGCCUUCACCAGCACUGCAUGGAAUCCCACGGCGGCCCGCCGGCUAAGAAGAAGAAAACAGAACAAGUACCAUGUGACAUGUGCGACAAGACCUUCAAACACUCUUCAGGUCUUUUGUAUCAUAAACGCACGGAACAUUUUGAGGAGAGGCCGUACGCAUGCGAGGAGUGCGGGGCGAAGUUUGCUGCCACCUCGUCCCUGAAGAACCACAUGCGUCUACACACGGGAGAAAAACCCUUCCACUGCAAACACUGUGACAUGAGCUUUUCUGUGGCCGCCGCUUUGUCCUACCACUCCAAGAAGAAGCAUGCCGAGGGUAAAAUGUACUGCUGUCAGUACUGCUCAGCCUCAUUCGCACAGUCCAUCGAACUGACGCGUCACGUACGCACGCACACGGGAGACAAACCGUAUGUCUGCAGGGAAUGCGGGAAAGGAUUCAAACAAGCCAACGGCCUAUCCGUCCAUCUACAGAACUUUCACAACAUUACAGAACCUCACGACUGCCAGAAGUGCCGGGUGAGUUUCUCUUCGCUGGACGAGCUCCGACAGCACAUCCAGGAGGUGCAUCCGAAAGAGCUGCACCAGUGUCCCGAGUGCAGCAAGAUCUUCAACAGCGAAGCCAAUCUGGAGAAACACAUGAACAUUCAUGACGGCAACAAACCCUACAGCUGCAAGAUGUGCAAAAAGUCUUAUCAGACUCUCUCCGGUCUGUGGUACCACAAUCGCACUGCCCACCCUGAGAGUGUCUCUGCUCAGGGCAACAAAUCCAUCAAAUCUCUCCUGCAGUGUGACAAGUGUGACAAGACAUUUAGCAACCGAAACAGUCUGUUAAAACACCAGAUAACCAAUCACACAGAAGUGCGCGUGUGGAAGUGUGUGAACUGUGACAGCACUCUGACGAGCGAGCAGGGGCUGCAGCAGCACGUCUGCAGUGGACAGUCGAGUCAGACCAGCUCUGUGUUCAGCUGUAUGAUCUGCUCUCUCCACUUCCCCUCAGAGGCAGACUUCCAGCAGCACUUCCUGUCCAAACACCUGCAGCUCAUGCAAGAGGAAGCACAGACACAGGCCUCCAGUUCUCAUACGGUGAUUCAGUGUGAGGAGACAGCCGGUCAAGAGGUGGAGCAGGUGAUUAGCCUCGACCAAUCCCGGAUUGAGGGGUCACCGCAGGUGUUCGUCGCUCUGGGGGAUCAACAGGAAACUCCCAGCGGCUCUGGAAUCGUGGCCGUGAGCAUGGAAGAUCUACUGAACGGCACAGUCACGCUCAUCUGUGAAGAGGGUCAAUGAAGCACAUGGGUUUAUGAUCAUGCUCAUGUUCCUUUUUACACUGGAUUACACCGGGGACUGAAGGCUUUAGCCUUAAUGGGAAUUUUUUGUGCGAUUCUUAAUGUGAUUCUCUGGAUCACUUGAUAUGUUUUCCUCUCCUGGAAGAGGCUACGCGUACACAAGCAUUCAAAAUCCAUGUUAAAAAUAGCUCAAGAUGAC